AUGUCUCAACAGCCAAACCCUCAACCUCCCUCGAAAAUGUCCGCUUUGUCUACCCAUGUUCAAGGCGCAAAGGAUAUCCCCAUUAACCCUAAUAAAAUUCUUGAGGUCACCCCUUUACAGAUGGUGACUCUAGACGAUCUUGUGGCAAAGAAGCCAAGGACAUUGCAUGCACGAAGAACCAAAGAAACAGUAAAGAGACCUAAAAGGCCUAAUUCUAGGGAAGACUUAACUAAAGAAGGUUCUAGGUAUGCUCACAAUGCCACUGCUAAACUUGUUACCCGUGUCUUGAAUGAGAAUCAUGAUGUACCUGGGAUUUCCGUUCCUUUAAAUUCUGUCCUUCCUAAGUCACAUGACAAUAUGCAUGUUAGUGGUAAUGUUGUUGACUCUGUCCAAGCAAAUGAUGAUAUGGAUACGACUGUUCAUGAAGAAAAUGUUGUUCAUAAUGAUGUUGAUGAUGUUGUCAAGGCGAAUGAUGCUGUUAAUAUGGAUGUGAAUGUGGAUGAUAAUAAUAAGAAUGAUGAUAUGGAAGAGACUGUUGAUAAGGGUGAGGGCCACACUGAAGGUGGUCAAACUGAAGAGAAAGAACCUGUGAAGACCCAUGCUGAUAAGGUGAUCAACCUUGAUGAUCUCUCUGAUGAUGACUUGGUUGCUUCUAUUAAUCCAAGUAUAGCCAAAAGGAUGAUGAGGAGGAAAAGGAAGGAAGUUGUGGAUGAGGACUCUCUGAAGAAAAAGGUUGUGGUUAAGCCCACUUCUGUUGGCCCCAAGAAAUCAUGGAGCAAAGUGGUGCCUAAGAAGAGAAAGGUUAAAAUCAUUGCUGAGAAUAAGUCAGAUUCUGAUGUUGCUGUGGAUGUCAAUGACAUUCCUCCCAAGAAGAAGGCCUCUACUAGCAAGCUUGCUGCUAGUAAAAGACUGACCUUAGAGAGGGAGCUUGCUCAGAAUGCUCUUAAGUGUGAAGAGAUUGUGAAUCUCAUUCAUGAAGUUGGGCUGAUAAAAACUGUGACUAAAUUCUCCAAGUGUUAUGAAGACCUUGUGAGUGAGUUCAUUGUGAAUUUACAUGAAGAUUGUGCCAACAAGAAAGUUAAGGAUUACUUGAAAGUGUUUGUUAGGGGAAAUUAUGUUAACUUCUCCCUCACUGGGAUCAACAAAUUUCUGGAAAGAUCCAAUGAAGCUCAACCGGAGCUGGAAGUGUCUGAUAAUCAAAUGUGCAAGGUAAUUACUGUUGGAAAAGUAAAGACAUGGCCCGUCAAAGGAAAGCUGAAAGCUAUCAAGCUAAGUGUGAAGUAUGCUAUACUUCACAGGAUUGGAGCUGCCAACUGGGUGCCAACUCAACACAAGUCUACAAUUUAUGUUGUUCUAGGUAAAUUCAUCUUUGCUAUUGGUAUUAAGACCAAAGUUGACUAUGGGACUUAUAUUUUUGAGCAAACUUUAAAGCAUGCUGGUAGCUAUAGUGUUAAAGGCCUCAUUGCCUUCCCUUCCCUUAUUUGUGGAAUUAUCUUGAAUCAAUUUCCUAAUAUCCUGAAUGACAAAGAUUCUGUGUGCAAAAGAUCAAGUCCUUUACUCUUUCAUCAUAAGCUCUUUCAAGGAAACCAUGUUAUCGACAUUGGCUUUACAUCUGCUGAGACAACCCAUGGGAGCUCUAGAGCCAACAAUGCUAAUGAAGAAGAUGUUAAUGGAUCUGAGGAAGGAGAAGAUGUUGAACCUGAAGGGGAAGAGGAUGAAGAUACCAGUCCUGAUGAUGGCACUGAGGAAGAAGAAGAGGAUGCUGCUAAAGGCUCUGAGUCAGAGGACUAG